CAGAUGAGUGAUUUUGGGAUCAGAAACAUGGAUCAAGUAGCUCCUGUGUCUAACAUGUACAGAGGAAUGCUCAAGCGUCAACCAGCAUUUGACACCUUCGAUAGCUCAAACUCUCUCUUUGCUGGAUAUUUUUUCUCACUAAAUGAAGAUCAAACACUUCAAGAAGUGCCAACAGGAUUUGAUUCUACUUCUUAUGAGUCGAACAACUGUGAAUUGCCUCUGUUAACCCCGUGCAGUAAGGCUGUGAUGAGUCAGGCCUUGAAAGAUACUUUCAGUGGUUUCACAAAGGAACAGUGUCGGCUGGGUAUCCCAAAUAAUCCGUGGUUGUGGACUGAACAGCAAGUUUGUCAGUGGCUUUCAUGGGCUACCAAUGAGUUUAGCUUGGCAAAUGUGAACUUCCAUCAAUUUCUUAUGAGUGGCCAAGACUUGUGCAAUCUGGGCAAGGAGCGUUUUCUGGAACUGGCACCUGACUAUGUGGGUGAUAUUCUGUGGGAACACCUGGAACAGAUGAUAAAAGACAGCCAAGAGAAAACACAGGAUCAAUAUGUGGAGAACUCUCAUCUCACCUCAGUUCCUCACUGGGUCAAUAAUAAUUCUUUAACUGUUAAUGUAGAUCAGAAUUCAUAUGGUAUACAAAUGCCUGGAUACCCUAAAGCCCUUGGUUAUCCCAAACCCAGCCUCCUAACUGACGUCUGUCAGACCUCCACAGGACCAAAUCUCCUCAAUCCAGAGCAAGAGUUUUCAUUGUUCCCUAAAACCCAAGCAGAUGCUGUUGGUGUGAACUAUUGUGCAGUAAAUCAAGAUUUCCCAAGGAGCAAUCUGAACUUGCUGAUAGAUAAUUCUGGCAAGCUUAGAGAACAUGAAUCUAGCGACAGUGGUGCAGAAAGUUAUGAAAGCUCAGAUUCGAUGCUACAGUCCUGGAACAGCCAGUCGUCAUUAGUGGAUUUACAGCGUGUGCCAUCCUAUGAGAGUUUUGAAGAUGACUGUAGCCAGUCCUUGUGUCUGAGCAAACCUACAAUGUCUUUCAAAGACUAUAUUCAAGAACGAAGUGAUCCUGUAGAGCAAGGGAAACCAGUUAUACCAGCAGCAAGUCUAGCUGGCUUUACUGGCAGUGGACCUAUACAGCUAUGGCAAUUCCUUCUGGAGUUACUGACUGACAAGUCCUGUCAGUCAUUCAUUAGCUGGACUGGAGAUGGAUGGGAAUUUAAACUUGCUGACCCUGAUGAGGUGGCACGGAGGUGGGGAAGGAGGAAAAACAAGCCAAAAAUGAACUAUGAGAAACUCAGCCGAGGCCUACGCUACUAUUACGACAAGAACAUCAUCCACAAGACUUCAGGGAAACGCUACGUGUAUCGCUUUGUGUGCGACCUGCAGAACCUGCUGGGGUACACAGCGGAGGAGCUGCACGCAAUGCUGGGGGUGCAGCCCGACACAGAGGACUGAGCCUGACGACGUGAUGCUGCAGGGGCAAAAUCACGUGUUGGAACUGUGUCUGGGAACUGUCUGUGGUCAGUUCUUCUGGCUGUUCAGAUGGGUGCAACUGUUGGGAAAUAAGGACCUUAACCUAUUUUGUAACCAGGGAGAACUGGAAGGAAGUGGCCUUAUUUCAUCAGUGGCUUCGGGUGUUGCUGUGUCAGGCACUUGAGCAGCAUGGAAGUCAGCACAGACCCUAGCUCUGUCAUGAAGACAUGGAAAUGCUCUCGGGUUAAGCAUUUCUACUGCCUGUACUGCCGUAUAAAGCGUUUUGGCUACUUAACACUGCCAUAUAAUAAUGGGUUGGCUUUAAAACCAAAGGUUGGAUGAGAAACCAGUGAUGCAGCGGAACUAUCGCGCAGAUAUUUUAAAAUACUGUUGUCCUUGCUUACAUCUUAUGUGAUACAAUUUAUUUAAAAAAAAAACUAAUUUAUUUUAAAUAAGCAGUAAG